CUCCAUAAUAGGGAAGUGAAACGGGAAUUAGGUGAAUAAAAACAAAGACGGCGUUAUAAGCCUUCCUGACAAAAUAAUAAAUAAAACAAAAAUACGAGCGACCCCCACCACCCACCCAUCAAGAAACCCGGGUCAAAGUGCACAGGAAGCUGGAGGCUGCCAUCUUUAGCCAGUUGCUAAAUGCUAGCGUCGAAACGUUAGAUCCCGUCAAGCCAACGACGGGGAGGAGCGGUCGGUUCGGGGGGAUUUUCUAGCUAGCUCUCCUCCACGGCUCCGUUGCGAAUUGCAAACGCCGUUCUUUAUUUCCUCCUCAUCCGACCCUCGCCGGUGGAUGCAUUCGGCAUGGAGAAGCUAUCGGAGCCGUCUUGGACUUCUUCGUACACCUACCAGGUGAGCAAGCACAGCGCGGAGAUGCUACACAACCUCGACGUCCAGAGGAAAGAUGGAGGCAGGUUCUGCGACGUGAUCCUGCGCGUCGGCGAGGAGAGCUUCCCCGCGCACAAGGCGGUGCUCGCGGCGUGCAGCGAGUACUUCGAAUCGGUGUUCGGCCGUCAGCCGGAGGACGGCGACGCCAGGGAGCUGGAGAUGCACACCAUAAGCCCCAAAGUUUUCAAAGACAUCUUAGACUUCGCUUACACGUCUAGGAUCGUGGUGCGGCUCGAGUGCUUCCCGGAGUUGAUGACAGCUGCCAAGUUUUUGCUGAUGCGCUCGGUCAUCGAGAUAUGCCAGGAGGUCAUCAAACAAUCCAAUGUGCAAAUCCUCGUCCCGUCCUCUCGGGGGGGAAACGCCAGCCUUUUCCAGGCCACCGGAUCCGCGGAGCUGGGCUUCUCUGUGGCCCAGCAGCAAGAUUUGGUGAACGGGACGGCGCUGGUAGGUUUGGCUAACAAUGGACAUCAGGUGGAUGGGAGCGAAGCCGCAGCCGCGGCCGCCGUGCUACUGGAGAACGCCGCCGAGGGAUCGAUGCCCAUCCUGCAGCCCGUCGACGGUCUGCCAGUGUCGCCCGAAACAACGACGUUGCAUCACGACGUCGGUUCGAAGAGGGGCAGGGGGCGACCCAAGAAGGCGAGCGGCCCAGAGGAGCCCGUCCGCUUCAAUCACAGCCCGCAGAAAAACAUGGUGCUCUUUCCGUGCGGCGCUUGCGGCAAAGCCUUCACGGAAGCCUCGCGCCUGAAGAACCACGAAGCCCAACACGGAGCCAUCGUUGGAGGCCGCUCGACGCCGGGCGGCAUGGCUCUGAUGGGCCAGGAGAACGACGCGCAGUUCCACGGGGGGCUGGCGCUGGACAACGGCCGCAAGCGCGAGAGGACCCGGCGGCACGUCGGCUGUGACAUAUGCGGCAAGGUGUUCCGCGACGUGUACCACCUGAAUCGACACAAGCUGUCCCACUCCGGGGAGAAGCCGUACGCGUGCAAUGUGUGCGGUCUGCGUUUCAAACGCAAAGACAGGAUGUCCUAUCACGUGCGCUCCCACGACGGUUCCGUGGGCAAACCGUACGUGUGUCAGAGUUGUGGCAAAGGUUUUUCCAGACCAGAUCACCUGAACGGGCAUAUCAAACAAGUCCACACAACAGAGAGACCCCACAAGUGCCAGAUUUGCAAUGCCUCUUUUGCUACAAGAGAUCGCCUCAGGUCACACCUUGCAUGUCAUGAGGACAAAAUUCCCUGCAAAGUUUGCGGCAAGUUCCUCCGAGCGGCAUACAUGUCGGACCACCUCAAGAAACACAGCGAAGGAACACACAACUACUGCGGCAUUUGCAACAAAGGUUUCUCAACUGCCUCCUACCUUAAGGUGCAUACAAAGACACACCAUGGCUCCUCACUUCCACCUUCUGCCACGUUGCAUACCUUCCCUGAGCCAAGCGGCGAACUGCAGAUGCACAACGGCACACCUUACCACAUGGGACACCAGUGCUCAGUGGAAGACGGCAGUCGUCAGCUGGCGCGCUCCUCGGCAGAGGCAGGGGCUCGCUUUCAUGGGCUUUCCGGACAUCAAGUUCUCCCACAGCCUGGCCCUCCAGCCUUGGGCCCUCAGACAGAGCUGCUUGUAGGGAAGACAGGCAGGUCUCCGUAUUUCUGGGAGUGUCGCUCCGGUGGGGUACCCGCUUUCCCCGUCCACGGGCCUGCUGCAGACGGACAAGAAAAUGGAGAGAAAUGCCCUCAUCUGGAGUCUGAAGAAUCAGAUCCUUCUUUUGGGGAACUUUCCAACUGUGAUGAAAUGAAGUCUCCACACAAAUCAGACCGGUCGGAGCUGGAGAUGCCCUCGUUGGCCUGCAACGGAAGCUCUGCGGGAGCCCUGGGCUCUCCGGAGGGUCCCAAAGCCAAGAUGGACCCCGAGAAGAAAUUCAACUGCGGCAUCUGCGGUCAGGCCUUUCGCACCAAGUCCUACCUCAGGAAACACCAGCACAGAGUACACAAAACCCCCAGGGCCCAGGCGGGGUCCGGGUCUGGUUUGAGCGAGCUGGCCCCCUUCUCGCCUCAGCAGAGCAUGUCUCUGCUGGAGUCUUUCGGCUUCCAGAUAGUGCAGUCGGCCUUCGCUUCCUCGCUGGUGGAUGCAGACGCGGGUCAUAGCGGGUUGGACUUUGGAGGGAAGUAACACGCACGCUUGGUCUCUGACGUUCCCUUCGAAGCCAGGUUGCCCACCGAAGUUGCUCCGUUUUUGACAAGUUAAUAACUUUGCCUCAAGACUACUUCUCUUGCUUAAUCUGUAUAUUUUUGCCAGACUGCCAUAUGAUUCCUACUUUUUCUACUUUUUCAGAGUAUGGAAAGUGCAUAUACGGUGUUGUAAUUAUCUUUAUAACGAAAAGACAUGAAGAUGAUCUCCCCUUUGUACCGUAUCAUUGUUUGGGGGGGAAAAAAAAAACUCUGGUUGCUUUGAUUUUUCUUUGAGCUUUCGUAGCUGCACAUGUUUCUGGACGUGACGAAUCAACGAAUGCACCCGACUCGCCCGUUGACUCUUCUGAAACCAUCUUGGCUUUCAGAGCAAUGGGCAGCGCUUAAGUUUGUAUUUAUAUUGCUCUGUUUUCCCGACGGGGGGGUGGUUUAAUCAAUCGCAGAUUCAAGAAUUUGAAUUUGUUCAAUGCAAGCUAACACAUUAUUGUUCGCGUUUGCUUUAGUCACAAAAAGAAGCAAAGCACCGACAGAAGACGAAAGGUAAAAGGCACUUUCUAUUUUGCGUUUCACAUUUGCGUUUGAAUCCUAACGUCUUUUGCGUAAACAAAUCAAGAAUGAGGCUGUAGAAGAUAUGAUUUUUUUAUUUUUUAUUUUUUUUUCUCCCCCCUUUCUUUCUUCUUCAUAGCUAAAACGACAAGGGAUGCAAUGGUCUCAUCUUCUGGCGGAGAAUAGUCGGGCUUCAGCGUGCACAAAAGUGACAAAAGUUCAAACCUGAAACACGGCACGAGCCCGUUGGCAAUUAUGUUCCCCAAACAACAACGUUCCCAAAAUCCUUUGUGUUCCUUCCAUUUCUGAUAAUUUACCGGGGGACCAAGGUCAGCUAGAUUAUCAUUAUAUAUUUUAAUAAAUGUAGAUUCUAUUUUAUUAACUUAUUUAUGCCCUUGCUUUUGGGUGCAAUUUGAUUUCUUUGUGUGUGUAAAUGUGAAACUAAAUGUUUUUGAUUUGUCAAAUUUAAAGCUUUCGUAAGUUAUGUUGCAGUGUGUGUGUGUGUGUGUGUGUGUGUGUGCGUGCGUGCGUGUGUGUGUGUUAAUAAACGUGAUCAAGUAGCAUCCGGACCAAUCACAAACUCAAAUGAGCUGUCUUUACGUAUAUAACAUUCCUCUGAAACUGAAAUGAGAGGUUUCUACUGUAUUGUCUAAUUGAAUCUUGCUUAAGAAUCAUGUGGGAAUAUUUGACUAUACGAGCGCCUGCUCAGACAGGAAGGAUGAACAACUCACAUGUUUCGAAUAAUAUUUCUGUUUGUCUGGUUUGCAUUGGCCAAUGUGUUUGUCACACUAAGUAAACUGUGUGUUUGUGUUCCAUCUCCUUGCAUUUUAUUUUGAUUAGAGAGUGACUGUGUUGUCUGUUUCUAUAUUAUUUAUGGUUAUAUAAUGAAUUGUAACAACUGUAUAUACCAUCCAUAUGCACAUUCUAGAAAUAUAUAUAAAUAUUGAACCAACCAAUGAGGUUUGUUACUGGCGGACCUGUACAUAAGCAGAUUGUUUUAGUUUUGUCCUUGUCUGUUGUGCUAGAAGCUUGUUAAGUUAUGUUGCGUUACAUCUUUGGCUGAGUGUCAAUCAACUACACGCGGUCACAAUGUAAGCCGCAUGACGCUUUUUAUUUGUUAUUUUGUUGUGAUCCACUCUGCCAUGAAGGCUUGUUUUGUUAUUUGAGGACAAAGUGAAUUUUACUUCACUCUGUUUGUUUUCAUUCAGCCCGAAAUGUUUGGCUUUCUUCUUUUGGUCUGUUGCUAAGUGCCUUCCACAUACUGAUUGUGCACAGCAGUGGAUUUAAAGGUUGUCUUUGGGCAAAUUGUACCGUGACUUGCAUUGGAACUUCUUUUUAUUUUUUUGUUUGUUUUUAUUUUAUUUUUUUUACAAAACACACAGAGAACAUGUACAGCAUCUAAACUUGGUAUUUACUAUAUCGUCAUACAGAACAAAACUCGCAUACAAAAAAAAAAGAAAAGCUUUUAAAACGUGCGCUACAUGUUUUGUUAUGUCAUUGGACAUAUUUCAGUAUAAGCCGCAUACUUUUCUACAGUAUAAAUCUUUGUUUUUGUACUCUGUUAUUGAGUCUCUCUUGUUGCCACAGACAAGGAUCCAAUAAACUGCAGUGGAAAAGCCCCUGA